CUGAGGAGGUGGGCGAGGCUAGCGGUGCUCUUCGAACCGCCCCCUUUGCUUCUGUUCUUUGGGAAGGCCAUUUUGAGGCCUCUACUAUCAACCACUUCAAAGAAAAAUGCGAGACAGUCAUAGUACUUGUGUUCCUCCUACACUCACGGCUGUAGUGAAGCCAGGGAGCGCACGACAACGUAGCACGCAGGGUGCUUUGGUUACUGGUGGUUCUACACAGGGGCUUGAGAGGGAAUUUUCCACGACAACCUUGAAAAUUUCGCAGCAGCCAUUUUUCCUGCUACGCAGAGAAGAACAAGAAGCAUUCUUCAAUCUCCUAGAGGAUGGCUUGGUACAAGACUUCCUGUCCACAGACACGUGUUACAGAAUCUCAGAUAAGUAUCUUAUAGCCAUGACUAUGAUGUACUUUAAACGAGCUGGCCUACAGACAAAAGAAUAUACACGGAUCAAUUUCUUCAUAGCUCUGUACUUAGCCAAUGACAUGGAAGAAGACACGGAAGACUAUAAAUAUGAAAUCUUCCCCUGGGCCCUUGGCGACAACUGGAGGAAACUAUUUCCACAAUUCUAAAUGAGAGAUGGCUUUUGGGCUAAAAUGAAGUACAGAGCGUUUGUUAGCCAGCGAUGUUGUGAUGAGAUAAUGCUGAGAGAGCCCUCUCACUGGGCCUGGUCCCGUGAACGGGCGUCUCACCACAGCGGGCUGAGGAGUUACCUGAAGAAUGAAGACGACUCUUCCCCAGAGGGCCUGGUGUUACGCCCCCGGUGUGCCUUUUCUUCUGCCUGGCUGAACUAG